UCGUUAUCGUUCCCGGAGAACGUAUGUAAAGAAACGUCAUUGCGAUUUUUAUCACGAUCGGUAAUUGAAGUGUCCCCUAUACUCGGUUACCGCCGCAUGAUAUAAACUCCGAUCUUAAAAAUUACUUUAUCAUCUACCAAUUAAAAAGAAAAAGCGGAAGAGAGAGAAUAUAUAAGGAGAACCGAGACGCGCCAUUUCUAAAUAUCACAGGACAAAAUCUUCCUCGCAUUCCUCGCAAUCAGCGUUAAUCUGGAAACGCAAGAAUUCCUUCGUAUUUGCGGCGCAUAAUUUUCAUCGCUUUCCGCGCGCAUCGACUUUUAUCGGCGCGUUUUUACCGCACUUUUAUUUGCGCUAAAAGCUGAAACUCGCGCGCGCGCGGCGAGGAACACUUGAGAUUCUUGGGAAUCGCGAGAGGAUUAAUUCUUUUUAUUUUCCAAUUGCGGACAAUCCGAACGCGACGUGCAGAAUCGCGCUCAAAGUGCUCGGACGCGGGGAGUUCCUCGCAAUUUGGAAAUUCGGCGAGGGCUUCGAACGCAUAUCGCGAAGUGCAGUGCACGCACGCGCGCGCGUGUGGAUCCAGAAUUCCAGAUCCCAGCUCGCGUGCAUUCCAGGCGCCUGGCCUGGCGCACGCGGGCGCGAAACGUCAAACGUCAUCGCGCGGCGCGUGCACGGCAGGCAGCUCGCCUUUGAGGUUAUGUUGGAGUAUGUUUAUCGCUUCGCGGACAUACGCAAAAGUCGCGGUAAACGCGAUAAUGUGACCUUUGGCCGAUCGGACGCACAGUUUAUUUGCCCCGGUCGCACGGUGCAACGUCCCGCGCUGCACGCGCGUCGCGAUGAUUUAUUUUCGAUCCAACGCGCUGACGACCUGCUGGCGAGUUCGAUGGUUUUAUUGAUAAUGAUAGACUGGUAGAACGUGGCGGAAAAUUCGUCAUGGCGAGCGCGAGGAGCGAGGAUAGAACCGUGCUAGAAGCAGAAACUAUCUUUCUGUUAAUGAAGAAGGGCUUUCCCAUCUCUCGCAAUGUGAGAGCUCAAUGGCUGCUGGAGCAUUUGGACUCUGUGAUAAGUAUACAAUGCCCGAAUAUAAAGAAUAAGGAGGAACCGGAGCUGGAAGUAGUAUCGGUGCUGCCGAAGGAUGAGCCUGUUGCAUGGUCUAUAGAUACCAGCCACCAAUUCCUUUAUAAAGUUGUUUCGACGACAUCGAUUGUAUUCCUGGCGCACAAAUAUAGGAUGGUCUUUAGCUUAGAUUUAAGUCCGUCGCUUGCCACUGUUGAUGUACAAAGCGGUGAGAUUGUCAUUGAUGAGGUGUAUCUGGCGACGAAACGAUGUCUUGAAGGUAUAACUAGACCAUUUACGAUACCAGGCAGCAGGCGUGUGAUGCAGCCUGAAAUUUAUGUGACUGUGAUAGCUCAUACGCCGUUCUUUACAAGCCCGGCGCAACAAGUACUAGUACAAGGAUGGCUGAUCACUGCGGAUAACGUGAAUUCUCUCACACAAUACGUAGAGAAACAGUUGUACCUGUUAGAGGAGAGAGUAGCGACUGUCACAGCCAUAGCUAAUCAGCAGUUAGAAAAUUUAAGGGCAGAGAGCGAGCGUUUGGUAGGGAGGCUUUUUGAGGAAAGUAGCAACUGCUUGAACAAAAAUAAUUGUAAUAUCUCCAUAGUUUCGCCGGAAGCUAGUUUUGUAAAUAUGUUGAGAUACGGGAUGCUGGCUUUGACACUUUUACCUGAGCACAGCUGUGCACAUAUGGUAAUAGUCACGGAUGGUAUCGUCGGAAUUAAGAACGCUCACACGUUGGAUUCCAUUAUACAGCAACUACGCGCAACGACGGUCGCAUGUAGUUUUUUACGCGUAGGCAGCGCAUACGAUCCACAUUGCGCGGACGGUUUAGUGCCAUAUCAAGACCUGCUGUAUUUUAUCUCCGCGGCUACACUCGGUAGUUAUAUGUCCUUCAAUUCAUACGUGAUACCUGUACACGGAACAGAUAUAAAUCUUUAUCAUAAGCAUUUUUUGUGCUGGCAAUUAUAUCGGGACGUAUCGAACAACGAUAUAUCGGGUCGUCAUUGCUGGCGAACUGAAAAUAAUUGCUUCCAUGAACCUAAAAGCGGUCAACUCUUGAAGAAAAAACAGAUCGACGACAAAGUUACUUGUACAUUAAGCAGUCUGCUGUGCUGUCGUCUAAGAGAAGGAUACUUGAUAAAAAGAGCCAAUGUACGAGACGACAUUCUUGAAAUAAAUUUUGUGCUAUUAUGGAAAACGAAUGUGUUUUUGGAAUAUUUAGUAACGUGUCCAUGGUCUUCAAAAUCAUUAUCUCUAUCCAACGUGAUACAAUAUACCAUUACCAUAGAAGCGCCAUAUGAAUUUUUACACGACAUUACAUGCCUAUCGAAAAAACCGUUAAACUCGCAUUAUCGUCAAGGUGUCAUCUCUCGUUUCUGGACAGCAUUAACAUCAUUAACCGAAAGCGACAAUAUGUUAGCGCACUUCAGCUGGUUUCCGGGAUCUGGAUGGACGUGGUACAGUGUACCAGACACCAUCAGAAGCGGAAUGCCUGUGUUUUACUUGUCGUCUUAUCCGUCGCCAAGUACAGUACAACUUAGUGACGCCGCCUGCCCACAGUUUGGACAGAUAUGGCAACCGGUUGUCUCUCUGGAUCCGCUUCAGUGGGCGCGUUGGAUGCACACUCAAAGGAUUACGUUAAUUUUAGCCUACGACAGACCGUUGCCAAGACAUCUUCACCAAGCGAAUCAGAGCGGUCGUUUCCAGUGCGUUCAGAGCCGGCAAGCGGCGGCCGUAUUAUAUGCUAUGUUGAAAAAUUGGGCGACUUUUGUGCUAGUCGAGAAUCACACGUACGUCCAGUUCAUAUACAGAGAGGCGGAAAAGCCGCCGGUGUCAUUCUCAUUGAUUCGCAUUAAUUGCAAAGCGCUCUGCGUCGUACUCAAUAUAGCGUUCGCCGGCGGCACCGAAGGUGUCGUCCGCCACAACGUAGUUGUAGAUCUCGUUGACAGACUAUCCAAGCUCACAUUGCCAAAUAGACCGACGGAGCAACGUGAGAUUCCGUGUUGCACAAUAAUACAUAAAUCGCUCGAGCGAAUUCUCGUAAGAUACGAGCGUAUACCGAACAAUCUGAGUAUGGUGGUAUUUCCUGACGGAACUCAGCCAACCUGCACCAGGGUUGCACUAGGACUACUAAGUGGUAGUCUAACAACUACCCUGUCCAGAUAUUUAUACCACAAUCGUUGGCUGUGGCACGUGAAGCGGCCGUUCGUUCAGACCAUCCCGGGAAUUACUUUGUCGAGAUUAAAUAUUACUGCGAUUGCGAGAAUACUCUCUACAAUUACGAAAAUACGUCUAGGAGAGGGCUUUAAUUUCGCGUAUUCGGCAGCUGGCAUCACAAACAUGGUGUUAGAAGUGCAAAUGCAGGGCUUCGGGAACGAUGAGAAUUCUUAUCCGUGUAUUAUUCAGUACGUUUUGUUCCCACCACAUGUUGUGCCGAACGCAGCAUUAGAACGCGACAGCGGUACCGAAGAUGACACGGAAGAAGGUAUCGCCGAGGCGGAAGUAUGGACUGAAGAUUCCGAAGGGUACAGCGAUUUUCAAAUUGUCACGGAGGUUUGGGUCGAACCCCAAUGUGGCUACGUGCAAAUGCCUACACAGUCGAUUGCUAUGUAUAUGCAUCCUCUGCAGUAUCAUCAAUUACCAGAUGCAAUUGCCCGAAUAGACGAGGAAUGUAUUAACGCUCUAUUGACCUUAGAAUACUUGAGCCUCUUGUGCCAAGUAACACCGGCGGAAAAAGAUACCGAGAUUGUGUUCGGACAAGCACACCAAGGAGUUAAAUAUCACGGUGCUGUGGGCACGUCUACGGAUCGUAUCUCAGAAUGUCCAAACCCAACCGAGCCCUUCGAACCGACGCCGAUCAUCGACGAGAGGAUACAUUCCAUGUACUUCUCGUUUGAUACUCUGAGCAUUUUAUCAAAAUGUCAGCAGGCGGAACUCUUGUUCUCGAUGUUCGCCGAUGAUUCCGUACAUAUCGAUGAAGAUAGGGAUAGUGCAAAUAGGAUUUUUAUGGGAAACUUCUUGGAACAUAUGAAACAAUUGCACAAUAAAGAACUACUGCUUACGUCAGCAGAAUCACAAAGGUUCACUAAAAUGCUUCUUAACAGACCACGCGAGAAUAUUCCACCGUUACCUUUCUUUAUACAAAAAGAGAAAAAUUGUAGAGAUGACACGUCAGACAUUUAUCCGAGGUGGAAGUGUUUUGUCAAAGGAAUUAGCACGACACAUGUCAUUAUCACAAUAUUACCAGCAACUGAAAAAGAUGUCCGCCUGAUAAUGUACACAGGUGAUAACUGCACAAGUAACAAUUCCGAAAAGAAUUGCGAUUCUGAUAUUUUCGAUCUCGAUAUGAACGAAAAGGUAUCGUCUCCAACAAUGUGUGCAGAGAAUGUACCUGACUUUGUGACAUUGGAACGCAGAGAGUCAAAAAUUUCUAGUCAAUCUACCACUGCAAAUAGCACAUCGAAAGCUAAUGUAGACCAUAAUUUUGAUAAUGUUGACAAUGAGGGCAGUCUUGUUAUACCUGUAUACGUGUAUGAUUGUUCGCUAGCAUUAUUAAUUGAUGCGCUGGUCGGUCAAUUGCAAACACCUCAGAAUAAAGAUAUCUAUCAGGAUCAUACUUUUAAGAUCGGAGAGCAAAUUUCCGAAGAUUUCAUCAGUCUCAAAUCGGAAAGUAACACAAAGCCUUCAUCUCCAGAACCAAAGAGCGAAGAUUCUGACAAUAUUUCUAGCGAUCAACGAAGUUUGAUGGAGCAUUGCAAGUUGUUGAGCUUAGCACAUUGUCAUUGCUACGUGGUCGCGGUUUAUAAGUCACUUGCACUGCAACAGUCAUUGAGCUACGAAGAUAUGGAGGCUGCUGUGGCACAAUGCGAAGAAAAUCUGAUAGAAAUUAAUAUUACAAAUUACUUACGAUCGGUGUGCAGACAUUUGAGCAUGUUGGCAGAAGGCGAUCUACUGAAUCAAUUAAAAAUCUCCGCGUGCAACGAUGUUAAACCAUUACAUAGUUUGAUAAAAACUAAAUUUAAAAGGAUUAUGGCAGUCGCAUUUAGGCCUGUACCUGCGCAUCCAGAAUUUUAUUACUGUUUACCAUCGUGGAUGUCAGAAAAGAUGGAAGUGGUAUCACAAAGAACAGAUAGCGAUGACGAGUUAGAUGAAUUCACAUGUCACUCUGAAAUGCCGGCUUCAAAAACAGAUUCUCCUAACCAAGUAAGUCAAGCUGUCAAUAUUACAUGGCCGGUCACAAAUCUUCAUAACAACGAGAAGCUGUCCCAUUCCAACUCAAAAGAUUCGCUUAUCAGCGAUUUUGAUGAGGAAAACACGUGGAACAUGAAAGAUCAGCCGCUCUUCUUACAUUUGAGCUCUUCGAUUCGUUUCCGCUCCGAGCUUUCCAGUAUACCUGUUAAAUUGAUGCCUACUUGCUUUACCGAGAUUGUCCAAAGGAUUAAUGACGGCAAGGAAAGAAAUCUUACUGAAUUAAGUUUGGAGGAUCUGAAAGUUACUUUGGAUAUCAUAUGUUUGAACCUUCCAAAAGAAGUGUUGGAAGUGUCGUUGGAACGUUAUCCUGCAUUGAGGACGACGUCUUACUGCAGCGCUUCGACGUUCGGUAGCAUGCCGAGCGGUAGCAGUCCGGGUGCAAAUGCGAAGACUGAAUCGAUGCAGGAAAGAAUGCCGCAACUGCCUCAGCAUCAUGCGGUAAUCAGCUUAAGGGAUGAGAUUGAGUGGCUAUUACGAGACGAAACCGCAACGGCACUUCUGGAUCAUCCUUCACCGAAUGCUGACACAUUAAAGUUUAUAGCACAGCACGUAUCGGAAUCCACCGACAGAUCCAGUUGCUCGAUGGAUAAAGUACCUUUACAUUUUGUUUUCCCAUCUGAAAGCAGCUCGCCCAAAUUUUUGAAGGAAUUGAAACAUCUUGAGAUUGACAAGUACUGCAUUUGCCAAGAAGCCGAUUUGUUUUACUUCGUUAAGAAACCGGAAAUAAUAGUACCUGAUAUAGAACCAGACACAUUACACAUAGACGUAGAAGAACAACCAUUAAAGGAUGACGAAAGCAUUGAAAAUGUGGAGCAAGAAGAAAUUCCUGCUACUACAAUUCAAAUAAACGGGCAAGAUUCUGGAGAUGCUCCAGGUUAUUAUUCUGAGAUAUCAAGUAUAGCUGAAGGGAAACACGGGACGGAUGACGGAUAUGAAGGCGAUAGCAGUAAUUCCGAGGAUGAUUAUCAGUGGUUGAUAGAACUUGAUAAACGCAGAGAUAGUUUACCCAAUUUCUGGCUAAUUAUGAGUGUUGAAGGUAGUCAUGUUAAUGUCUAUUUUCACUGCAGAUUUUUGGAACUUUCUUCGCCAGAAGUGGAUAGUUAUUCGCAAAUACAGAAAAUGCUGCUUGUUCAAAUUAAAGCUAUAUGCCGGCGAGUAAAUCAAUAUUUACUUUUGCAAAAUCUUCACGAUACUCGCAUAUGCGAUCGACUGUUGGAACCAGAAUCCACUGAAGAUUAUAAUGCUUGGAGAGAAACUGGCAGUGAAUUGGGAAAUCCUUUUCAGAAUCACAAUUCUUCAACUUCAAAUGUUACACCAGGCAUGUUCAGAUGUCCUGUCAUUUGGGAAGAACCCUUCAAUUUACAUCCCCGCUUAAAGACCGGGCCUGGAAGAUCCGGGUUAUCGAGAGGGAUCAAAGCGUUGCACGGCGUACUUAACAGACUCUCAGUUAAUAAUCGAAAUAAUAUGUUCGUAUAUCAAGAGAAUAACGAGAAUGUAUUUUACCUGCGGCUUCACGAGCAGACGAACGAUAUUAAACCUUUGCAGAAUAAAUUGUCCGAGAGCGAUGAGAAAUUAGUUGUCUCGCGAAGCAACAGCGUAGCAUCCUUAUCGCAGGCUAAGAGCACCGGCCUGGUGAACGAUCAUGCGCUAGCGAACGACACAAGACCUAGAGUUCGCUCGUUUGGCGAAAAAGAAUCUGAUAUCUUGAAUAGAACUGGCGAUUCGAUUAUCCUGAUGGUACAUGGGAUAUCGGAAGCUGGUCCGGAAGUCAAACGAGAUUUAGUGCAGGUAUUGCAAAAUCGUCUCGAUGACGCGGUACUGGAAGUACUAUCUGUGAUGUUGGCACGUAAUCCAAUGUGCAAGCUGACACCGGCGGACGUGCACUUCAUACAAAAACCAUACAAGUCUCCCGAGUGUAUAGUGCAACUAUCGGUGCAAUCACACUGCUUACGGUAUAUGGAUGCCUUAGGAUAUUACUUGAGGCAAAAUAUACUACAAUUCUUGUACAUGCCAAAAUAUACGGAUCUCGGAGCUCACUAUCAUUUUCAGGAUUACACUCCGUUAGAUGGUACUAGAAAGAGAGUAUCCGAAUCCGAUAUUUUCUUAUACAACCAGAGUCACUCGAGUGGUAGCAAAGGUAUAGCUUGUAUCGCGUUAGCGAUCACCGAUGGCAAAGGAGAACCCCCAGCGUAUCCGAAUGGUUCGAACGAGUCGAGUUUUCCUAAGUUGUUAAGGGUCGAGAAUUUCGAGAGCAUCGUAUCAACCAACGUUUACGACCAUAAAAGUGAUUCUAAACCAAACGCGCAGAUGUUGAUCGAAUUUCGAAUCUGGAAGCAAGGCAGAGUAAACUUGGAAUCCUUAAUUCUGAAAUUGUCAUCCGCGGUCAAACAUGGUACCUGGGACUUAGUCACGGAAUAUAAUCUUCUAGCGACUCCUUUGACGGAGCCAGCUAUUAAUCCUUCAGCGGUUGGAGAAACUGCAACGGAAAACAAAGAAGUCCAAACACCUGUAAAGACGUCACAAGUUUCCGACAAUUUAACGAUUAAUCAGUACGAGCUCGGCGAGAAAGGAAAAUUGAAUGAGAUUUAUCAUACUACACUGGCACGCUGGUUUCAGUUUGCACUAGAAAUGGGUGUCCCUGCCGUGAAAAAGCACGAAGUGAUCAUUCACCACAGACAUGCGAUUCCCGUGAUCGUGAGAGAAUUGCAGAAUCUCAUACGUAGUCAAGAUCCAGACACGUCCAGUAAAGUUUUCGUUUUGCAAGAUCGACAACCGUUCCUAAAUCAAUUUGUUGUUUCGCAUAAAGCUGGAUCUGCACCUAAGUGGUCUGACAGCAUCCGGAACAGUUCCGAUCAAUCGUUAGCGGAAAAUACGGAUCAAGAAAGCGCAAAUUCACCCGUGUACGUGCCGCACGAAUUUAAUAAAGAUGAGCAAACUACUUACAUCAAGUGCAUUUUAGUCGCAAGAAACUUUCAUCAAUGGAAGGCAUCUUUGAGUAAAGAAAUAGAUCCGGAACUGCUUGCUCCUAAGGAUCAAAAACAAUUGCAAAAAUUUAAUCCCCUGAUAUCAGAAUCGAAUUUUGUGCCUAGACAAAGGAUAUUGUUAGCUGAAAUACUAAGUGACAACAUAAUCAUUUAUAUGUAUAACUGGUCCAAGGAAAAAUCCGAAAAAUUGAUCAAACAAACGACAAGCUUAGGUACAUGGCUUUCCUCUAGAUCGAGUCUAUUUACCAGCAUAAUUAUGCAAAAGUUGGGUAUAUUUCAUCACAAGCUCACUCGGGAACCUCAGCAGAGAGAGCACGGUUCUCAAUAUUAUCAAAUCAACGAUAUGGAAAGUCUAGCGAAAUUUCCUGGCCAUUCAAAUCAAGAUAAAGACUGGACGCGAUCGAGCAACCGAGCGCCGUCGAUGAAGAACAACGCGUUUUCGUGGCUUCAAGUGGUCGGGCAGGCAAUGCGCGAUGCGAAACCGAGCGCUCCGCAUCCUCAUAACACGACGGAUGCGAUCGUAAAGGCUGCCUACGACUUGCAGGAUCUACGGCAUCGAGACAAGAGGAUCAAAGAGGAUCUGGAGAAGUUGUAUGCAAUGUGGCAGAGCCGCACGUCCAACAUACCGAUAUCGCUGAAUGCUUUGAACACAUUCAAGCAACAUUCUCGUUUGAUACACUUCUGCCACACACCCCUCCUCUUUUUACCGGCCUGGCGUUUGCAGUCUGCCGCUACGAGGGAUCAUUCAUUGACACCGCCGCAGCCGUCUCACUUCGGCUUGAACGGCAACGUGAAUGAAUCGUCUCAAGCAGCUCAGUCGAAACAGGAAGCGAUUACGAACGCGAUUAUGAUAAAAUGGCAUCAAGAGCUCUGCAAGUCAAUGUUGUCCGAAUAUAAACAGUAUCUGCAGAUUCUGGGCUUCAAUCCGAUCCAAGUGGAGUCACCACAUAAAACGGACGAGGAGCACGCGCAGCAGCAGUAUUACUAUCUCAAGAAGUCCAUGCUGGGCGGUAUUUUGUUGUUCGAAGUUCACCUGUCACAGCCGUUCUUCUGCGUAAAGUUACAUAUUAUUGAAUGCAAUCGCUUGCAAACGAAGACGAGUAGCGGUAUGAUGAACCAAUUUGUACUAAGCUUCGUGGAUGUUUGCGACAAGAUUCAAAUCAACAUGCAUCUGCAUUCGUUCACGUAUGAUUUUCACUUGCGUUGUAUUCACUCUUACAUCGCUGGAACUGGAUUGUGGUCUUUGCAACAAGGUUACCACCUCACUCACUUUAUGGAUGACUUCAUCAAAUAUUACAGCAAGGCGCCGAAUUAUGCCAGAAAUCUAAUAUACAGCGACGUGAUAACAAUACGCGAUAUAGCGAUACCUGCACGUACGUUGUACUCCUAUUUGCUUUCACACGAGAAAGUGUACGGCAUGCGUGUGUUCGUGAUGUCCGGCGAGCUCCAGGAAUCUCAUGAUAAUGAAUAUGUCUUAAUUAAAUUGCAAAGUACUCCCUCAGUCAGUUAUUGCGACGCUCACGAUACAAAGUGCACGGACGACUUCGACGUAGCGCUAAUCGUGUCGCGCAUGGAACAGUCACCGCAAAUCGAGAGGACUGAAAUCACUUUGAAAUAUUAUCUGAUGUUGACAAGCAAGAGGGAAUUAUAUCCAAAAAGGGAAGUAGAGAACAACAAACUAGGCAAAUUUAGGACCGUGUACAGCGUUGGAAAACCCGCCAACAGCUCGUAUACGGAGAGCCCGGUGGAAUCCAGUUCCGUCUCGCCUACACCGUCGUUUGUGAGAGGCAAUUUCAGGACGGAGCUAUCAAGUACCGAUCAGCAGGAGAAGAGUCUCGAUUUCUCGUGCGAUGUGACUGCUAAAGAUGCCGAUGUUAAAACAGCGAGCUAUAAUGUUCAAAACAGUUCGGCGCCAACGCCUCCACCGGUUCCAAACUCCCCCCUAACGCAAAACUCCAACAUCCCAAGUGCAGUCUCAAACGCGUCGUCGUCAUCGUCGCCGCAUUUAGUGCAAAUUCGCCAGGAAUCGGUGAAUUAUCUGGGCUACUACUCGUCGCACGAACAGCUCAUGCAACAGAUGAUUAUGGCCCAGGCGAAAGCUGCGCGUCAGCAUAUAACGAACAUGGUGGAGCGCGGCGCAUUGCAGUGUCGGACGCAUUUACUUUGGGACAAAUUAUUGGAGAACAAAACCUCGAUGACAUACACCGAGUUCAGGGAGCUCUGCUCGUUAGCCCACAUCGAACCCCUUGUGAACCUGGACCCUAGACUUGGUCCUCUUGUUAAUCAGCCAGUUUCGUGGUAUCAAGCAUUGUCCAAGGUGUUGCAAAAUAAAUAUCAAGAGCACCACAAGCAAUUUAUUACCUCUGACGGGAAUAUCACUCAUCAUCUCAUACUGCAUCCGACUCUCCUUCAAGCGUUCAUGAUGUUGACCAUCGAUAUGCACACAUCGAGAGGAGAUUUAUGCGCCGUUUAUCGGAAGUCCACAGAGAUUAACGUGCCGAUUAACAUGGAAGACGUCUAUGCCCUAGUCGAAGGUUUUGUCGACGCUUGUUGCUUCCACUUGUGGAUGGGCCUUUGCAGCCAGUGAUAACAUUCCGGACGUACAAUGCAAUGGCAUAUUGCUCGUGAAAAUUUUGACGUACUUACAAAAAUUGUUAUGUGCAGUGUUAUGUAACGAAUUAUCUCCUGAACACGAAAAUCAGUGCUCUGAUUGCUAAUAUGGAUUAUUACACUUAUACAACUUUGUAAAUAUGAAAUAUAUAUUUUCAUGUUACAUACAUUAA